CGCUCCGGUUAACUCGUUCUCACAGUUAUCGUUCCAUCAGUGGCGCUUCAUCCCCGACGCUCUUGUUCACGCGUCUCUCCCUCACUGGAAAUAAUACGUUUUCAAACACCUCUAAAGAAAACAAAAAUGGCAAGCAGCUUCUCAAGAAUCCUGUCCUCCAAACGAAACAUCGGGUUCCUGUCGCUGGUGGGAGGCUCUGUAACGGUGGGAUUUCUGCUCAACCGGGAACAUGUCAGCGCCGGAGUCCCUGUGCGCAGGCGGUACCCCGCCAGUGCGGAGUACCCUGACCUGCGUAAACACAACAACUGCAUGGCAAGUAACCUGACACCUGCCAUCUAUGCCAAGCUGUGUGAUAAGGCCACUCCCAACGGUUACACUCUGGACCAGGCCAUCCAGACGGGCGUGGACAACCCUGGGCACCCCUUCAUCAAGACUGUUGGCAUGGUGGCAGGAGACGAGGAGUCCUACGAGGUAUUUGCAGACCUGCUCAACCCUGUAAUCAAAGAGAGGCACAACGGCUAUGACCCCAACACCAUGAAGCACCCCACCGACCUGGAUGCCAGCAAGAUCCAGUCGGGCCACUUUGAUGAGCGUUAUGUGCUGUCGUCCAGGGUAAGAACAGGCCGCAGUAUCCGUGGGCUGAGCCUGCCCCCCGCCUGCACCCGGGCAGAGCGCAGGGAAGUGGAGAGGGUGGUGGUGGACGCCCUCGCCGGCCUGAAGGAUGACCUGACUGGGAGGUACUACAGUCUCACCCAGAUGACAGAAAGCGAGCAGCAACAGCUCAUUGAUGACCACUUCCUGUUUGACAAGCCUGUGUCACCCCUCCUGACAUGUGCAGGCAUGGCUCGUGACUGGCCAGAUGCCCGUGGUAUCUGGCACAAUGAUGAGAAGACAUUCCUGAUUUGGGUCAAUGAGGAGGAUCACACCAGGGUCAUCUCCAUGGAGAAGGGAGGGAACAUGAAGAGAGUCUUCGAGAGGUUCUGCAGAGGCCUUAAGGAGGUGGAGCGUUUGAUCCAGGAGAGAGGCUGGGAGUUCAUGUGGAACGAGAGGCUCGGUUACAUCCUCACCUGCCCCUCCAACCUGGGCACAGGGCUCAGGGCCGGGGUCCACGUCAAACUGCCCCUGAUGAGCAAGGAUCCCCGCUUCAGUAAGAUCCUGAGCAACCUGCGUCUGCAGAAGCGAGGGACAGGUGGUGUGGACACCGCUGCUGUGGGCGGUGUGUUUGACAUCUCCAACCUGGACCGCCUGGGACAGUCUGAGGUUCAGCUGGUGCAGACAGUGGUUGAUGGCGUCAACUACCUAAUUGAGUGUGAGAAGAGACUGGAGAAAGGCCAGGACAUCAAGGUGCCCCCACCCCUCAAGCAGUUCAAGUAGACACUGAUCCCUGACCUCACCCCACAAACCUUUGGGCACACACACAUGCACAAACACCCCGCUCUGUGCCCAUAGAUAUUAUAAAUAUCUAUGUCAUUGCCUCAUUUAUUACCACUUCUUAUCUAAUCACCCCUCCCUGCCCUCCCAGUAUACCUCUCUAUAAUAUAAUCUACAUAUAUUAUACGCAGCUAUCUGGCUAAACCAAACCAGAGUCCCAGAAUACUGCAUUGGGCUUAAGUGUGUUUUCAGAAGCAAGAUGCAUUUGAAGGGUUUUUAUCUUUAAACUCAAAUUCAAAACUGGAUCUAAAAUGGCAAUAAAGAUGAAUGAAGGAUGCACAAACUGUAGGCUGCUGUAACAGCGCAAAGAUGGCCACCAAUCUGCCUAUCUCUGCAUGGUCAAACAGUAUCUAUGGCUCUGCUCCCAAAGCACUCCUCAGUCCACCAAACCUGGCUUUACCCUGCCUCUGUCCCCUCCUAACGCAUGUCCUAUUAGCCUUAGCCUUUCUCUUCUCUUCUCUUUCUCUUCCCCUCAUUCCUGUGUGUUGAUUGGUCAUUCCUACUAUCUGGUGCUUGUAUAGUCCAUCCAUUUGUGCUAUACUUUCCAUUGUGGAUUGUGUGUACACGGUUUCUUUUCAUCAUUUCGAGUGGAUUUGAAUGUAGAGUAACAGCGUAAAACUGGAGAGACUUGUGUUCUCCAGGGGAUUAGUAUGUUUGAUGACAAACUGGUGUCAAAAUAUAAUGUUAUAACACAUACUGGCCGGGCUGGGUUCUGUACUGUAAGCUACUAAAGCAAUAUCAUUCCAGCUCAUCACUGAAUGUCACACUGUAAUGUCUUUUAUUAAAGAAAUCAUCUAUUUAACGGUA